UCCAGUCGAUUUUGGAACAUUCCAGUCUACAUUUCACGCCGGGAUAAAGAUAAAUGCUGAAUAUAAGCGACGAGAGGCUGGCCCACAUAAUGGAGAACUUCGAUAAGACCUGGAGCACCGGGAGCACCGGCUCCUCGAGCAGCGGGGACAAGGACAGCGAGGUGAGCGACGCCUAUUGUGCGUAUGAUGCCAUCCGGCCACUGGUGGUCAUCAACUGCUCCCAAUAUGUGGUGGCCCAUGCGAAGGGCGAACUGCAACCCGCUCGCCAAUUUUCCGAGGUCGUCCUGCUGGACCACAUUCUGGAAACGAUGCGGAAGCUGGGCCUGAAUCGACUGCUCCGCGUGCAGAGCUACACAUGGCCGCAUUUGACCGGAGGAGCUGGACACGGGGCGAUGAUUGUGGGUGCACCGCGCAGUGGACGCACCUUUGCCUACGUUCCAGCCGUUUGCCAUGUGGUCUGCAAGGCGCUGACCCAAAGCAGGAACCAGCUCAAGGAUCUGCCGCCUGGGGCCUGGCAAGCCGAUCAGUAUGGCCCCAUGGCCCUGAUUCUGGUGCCCGAUCUGCAACGCGUUCGACAAGUGAGCGCCAUGUGCCGUGCCAUGCUGCGCAAGGCUGAGAAGGAGGAAUGGCUCACCCUGACUCUCACCGCUCCCUCGUCAAAGAGUUCCGAGUUCUUCCUGAAACUCCUGAACGGAGUGGGUUGCAUGGUGGUCACUCCUGCCCAGCUGGCCUGGUUUUGGCAGGAGGCUCCCGGCCUCAUGCGCUUCCGUUGCCUCCAGUUCCUGGUCUACGAUGACGUGGAUCUGAUGUCCGAGGAGCAGCUGACAAGUGCCCAGCAGGUACUGCAGGAGGUCAUGCCCCUCACACACUACCCUCAAAUGGUGAUGGUCUCCCAGUCAUAUAGUCCCACGCUGAUGGCCAAAUUGAAAUCGGUCAAUGAUCACCCGGCUUUGGUAUUCGGGGAUAUACUGGAGGCGGCCCUGUACGGCGGAGCACGCAUACGGAUUUCCCUGGUCCGCUCGGCAGCUAAGGCCAACGCAGUGAUUCAAAUGCUGCAGCAGUGUCCUCCCGAGGAUUACCGCACGGUGAUCUUCUGCAUCGAUGACAGGGAUAUGCAGCGCGCGGUAGCGGCUCUGGAGGAUCGAGGCUACGCCUGCCUGCCCUACUACCAGACUUCGGACCUGGAAGUUCUCGAGCAGGUGCACAGAUGGAAGGCCAACACCCGUGGCGUGAUCCUGCUGUGCACGGACAACUGCCCGGAGCUGAUCAUCAGGGAUGCGCACACUUUGAUCCACCACAGCCUGAGCCAAUCGUGGAGGACGUUCAAAAUGCGUCACCUCGUGUUGUCCGACAACAUGAGAAAUAGUCUGGCGCCAGCCAGUCCCGUGCAAGUGCCACUGCAUUCGCUGGUGCUCCUGGACGACAACAACCAUCGUCAACUGCCGCGCCUGGUGGAUUUCCUUCAGCUGCACCAGGAGGUGGAUCCCGCCGUGGUGGCAGUGGCCAAGGGCAUACGCAAGGAAAUGGGCAAAGCGAAGUGCGUACAGAGUGCCUUGUGCGAUCAGAUCCUAAUGACGGGCAAGUGCUAUGAUCCCGUCUGCGAGGACCGUCAUUACGUGGGCCAUUUCGAUAGGCGUCCUGCCCACAUGCCCGCGUCCGGUGAUGUGAAGGUUCAGCUGGUCGAUGUCUACUCGCCGACGCACUUUUGCGUACGCCUGCUGGAACACCUGCCGCCGCAGGGCACCUGGCAGGUUCUGCCCUUUACUGGGGUGCAGGAGAUCCGGAUGAAGCUGAUGCAGCACAAGAAGCCCCGACAUUACUGGCCGCCUGUGGUGGGAGUCAUCUGUAUGUACCACACCACGUUCACCAAGGAACGCGUGCGCGUCCUGAAGGUAGCGCCCAUACAAAACGUCAACUUUGUCCAAUCCAACGUGCCGGUGGUACUGCAGGCCCUGGACGCCGACACGCGCAUCUUUUCCACCACUUCUGAGCGACUGUUUAAGUGUCCGGAGGCACUGCAGCGGGAGCCACCUUUGUCCUAUAACCUGCGGCUUGUCGGCCUUGUGCCGUACUGCGGGGAACGCAACUGGACUGAGGACGAUUGCAGCAAAGUCAAGUACAUGCUGACCCAACUGCCCAAGGAUCACUUUCUUCAGGCUAAACUUGAAUUCGCCGCCGCAGGUACACUCUUUGCCCGGGAACUGGUGGCCAUGGUGUAUGCAGACCAGUUCAAGUUGCAUCUGCGUCUUUUGAAUGUUAAACAGAAUCUGAUCAAGACCACGGUGGCCAGAAGAUGUGAGCAAGCUACUGACAUGAUCCAGGAAUUCUUCCAGGAGGUGUUAGUAGAAGAAGUUUCAGAGAAGGUUCAGGUUCCCGAGGAAAAGACGGUGAACGAAGCAGAAAAAACAAUUGAAGCUGAGGUGGUGGUGGAGCAACAGCCCCAGGUGGAAAGCCAACCCGUCUUGAGCCAAAGGUGCCAACGGCUGAUAGAGUUAGCCCUUAAGUCGGGCAGGGAAAACGAACUGCGGGAGCAAGAAAGGCUGUCUAAGAACACAGAUGCACAAAGUAAUCAGAUGGCUGGUCCUGUCACCACCUCCACGGAAGCUUCUAAACCUAUGUCUAAUGAAGACCACGUUGCCAAUCUGGACGAAUGCCUGAUGAACUGCACCCUUAUGCAGCUAGAAGAUGAGCAGGAGCCGGCAAAGGAUCCCGACCAGAAGGUGAACAACGAUCCAGCUGACUUUCUCAAGCACGUGAUCAACAAUGAACCUACUAUUAAACGCAAGCCAAAGAGGAGCAAUGCGAAGUGUGCUCCCCCAGCAGCAGCUCCACCAGCACCUAACCAUUUCCAGGGGGAGAUACCAUUGCAGCUGCCGCCCAAUGUGGUGCGACCGUCGGUGAGCUACUAUCAGACCGUUACCACCUUGGAGUUGCAGGUAUCCCUGCCGGAAGACGACCACGAGUACAAGGCUCUGCUGACUGGGGCACAGAUCUUCUUCAAGGCAACCUCCAAGUCGUCGGAACUGAUCCAGCAGUUCAUUCUGACCCUCAAAUUUCCGUACACCACACUGCGUCAUUAUAUCCGCGGACGAACCGUGUAUAUCAGUGUCACCAAGUCACUGGCCUUCAUCGAUCCGCUUGCAUUUGGCGAGUACCGGUUCCUCAAGCCCAAUCACGACAUGUUCGUCAAAAUAGAGAACCAUAUUUCGAGGGCUCACACCAGAUUGGCCAGUGCCGUGCAGAAUUUCGUUUCUGUGAAGCCGAAAAUCGAGGUGCAGGAAGAGAGCGAGGAGAGUGAAGAUGAAGAGCAGGAUAUGGACGGUAUUGAGCGUGUGGAAUCCAAUAAAAUAGUGUGCGACUAAAUGUGGCGGUAGUCGAAGAACCAACAGCAUCGCAUGUGAACCAUACCAUUCCAUUUAAAACAUACACUUCUAAGACUGCACAGAAAAUCAAAACUCUAAAAGGGAGAUAUCUGAAGAAUACACAAUUUUUAAACAUUUCUACACUAAAAAAACACAAAAUACCUAAAACUUUUACACAUUUUUAAAAAAAGACAGUUUUUAAAACUCAAAGACAGUUAUACUCAGUCCUUGGAACCUGAAUCUUACAAAUAACAAGACCUUCAAGAUUUAAUUGAAUGAUUUAACGACGGUUUUUAUACCUAUUGAAAUAGGGUAUAAAACCAACUUAUGAAACAUAACAUGAAAUAAAUAAACAUGUAUCGUUGGAUAA